CCCGCCCUCCUUAUUUAAAGAGUGGCGCGCCGCCGGAACCUCGGAGAGAUUCUUUCUGUUCGCUGUGGUGUCGCUCACUCAGCCCACGCCUCGGAUGGCCGAGCUCAGAAAGCCUACCUCCUCUUUAACGCCUCCUGAGGAAUCGGAUUCCCAACCACCCAGUAGCAAGCGGCUCUGUCUUGAGGAGCCUGGCGGUGUCUCUAAGGCGGGCUGGCGACUGCCUCUGGUGCCUCGCUUGUCUGAGGUGGAAAAAAUCUGGGAGUUGUCGCCUAGACCCUUCAAGGGACUCUUUGUUUCAACGAAUGCGAUUUUUGAUAACUCCACAGACUCGUGUGUGGAGAAAUCAGUCAGUGGGAAGCAGAUAUGUAACCUGGGAUGCCCAAAUCUCAAAUUCCAGAUGAGUAGCUGUUUGCAGUCUCCCCCCUCACAAAGUCCUGAUUCUGAUUUGAGGGCUUCAGGAAGGUCUGAGGCAGGACUGCGUGACACAGAGGCUUUCAGUGUGCACCACAGUGAUAGCUCCAAAGCAGGGUUUAGUCAACUUCUGCCCAGCACCUCUAUACACGAUAUACAUGGAAUUAGAAAUGAGAAUCGAAAACAACAGUUUGUCCAAGGAAGAGACAAUGUUCACAAAGAAAAUCCAUUUUUAGAUGUUAACUUUUACAAGGAAACUAAAUCACCAUUUCAUGAAAUUAAGAACAGAUGUAAAGCUGACAGUGUUAUGCCAUCAAAUAAAAGAGAAAAUAACAUUUCAUCAUCGGUACUAAAAAUAUCCAAAUCUCAAAACCAGCCCAGCUUGGAAAUUGCCAAACCUAGCUAUUUUAGAGAUAGCAGCACAAUAAGUGUCCCUCAGUUUCCAACGGACUUAAAUAGCAAAAUGUCCUCUGUCUAUUUAAAGGAAAUAGCGAAGAAAAAGAAUGACAAAAAAGAGGCAUAUGUUAGGGAUUUCACAAACAUUUACUGGUCCCAAAAUAGACCUGAUGUUAAGAAGCAAAAGUUACAGAAUGAUAAAAAAGUUGUAGAAGCGGAAAAUAUUUUUUCCGAAUGUUAUGAAAAUGACUACGCAUCACUCAGCAGCCAAAAUACUUGUAAGAGAAAAGACUUGAUCAGUUCAAACUACUGUAACUACCGUAGUAUCAAAUGUGAUGUAAGAGACUCUAGAAAGAAUUUCGCUAUACUAGAAAAUGCAAAUUGGGAGGAAGCAGAAUGUCUGGACAGUUACAUACCUACCAGGUUGGAAAAAUCUCAAAACUGGGACUGUAACGUUAGACAUAUUUUGAGAAGAAAUAGAGGAAAUUGUUGGAUUAUAAAUAAUUACAAGACUAAAUGUGAAAAUAUGAAAAAAACUGAAGAAAAAUGGAAUUGGCUAUUAUUAUCAGAAAUAGACCUUUUAAGCAAGGAAGAUUACCGCUGUACAAAAGUCAUGAAUGUACAUGAAGAACAAUCAAAGCUUCUCAUAAGAAAAAUAUUAGGUAGUCAAAUAGCUUUAAUAAUGACUGUUUGGCUAAAUGGUAAAGGAAAAAAUGAUAAUACUGUACAGUUGAGAUACAAUGCUACACAAAAAGUCUUUCACGUGAACAACCCUUUUGAAAGUUUCAUUGUAGAAAUUUUUUAUUUCCAUAAAAGUAUUUCAGGAAAUCAAAAAGAUAAUAGUAUUUUAACCUGCUAUAACAUUUUGAAGUGUAAAAAGGAAAUUGGUAAAAUUGGUAUUCAAAAUCUAAUAACCAGAAACAUGAAUACAAAUAUAAAGAAUGGACUUUUAAGCAUAUAUUUACAAGACAGUGUUUCAGAACCUUUAGAUAUUAUAUUGAAAACUAACAUAGCUUUUUUGCUUAAUAACUUUGACUCUUUAACAAGAAUUGAAAAUGAUUUUGAAUUAGAAGAGGAAUGCAUUUUCAAGUGGAUGCUUUAUUUGAAGUAUCCAAAAAAUAUUAUAAUGGAAAAUUAUACUGCAUAUCUAGCAAGGAUUUUAACUUCUUCAAGACUAUUAGAAGAUAAUAUGAAACCUAUGUUAAAGAAAAGGAAGUUAUUUAGAAUUGAACACGUUUUUGAAAAGUCUAAGAAAAAAUCCAUUAAUUCCUUCAGUACGACAACUCAAAAUACAAGUUUGUCAAUUUUUGAAUCAUAUGAAAAAAUUCCCCUUUUAAUGGACUUUGAUGACAUGGAAGAAAUUUCUUUAAUAAGAGAAAUUACUUGUCGGAAUAUGAGUUGUCCUCAACAACUCAUGAAUGUGGAAAAUUGGGCUCACUAUAGUUCUAGUACUAUUAAAACAUCUGUUAAGUCUUGUCCUCAAUUUAUACAGAACAACCAUGGAUAUAUGAAUGAAAAUUUUUAUGAAGUAAAUAUGCACGGACAAGAUUUAAAUAUGGAAAGAAAACAGGGACAUAAUAUCAGUAGCUUUAAUUGUGAGCACAUAUUUGAAGGUUUCUGCAAUGUUAGGCAACAGGCCAUACCAAGAAGCCACAACACAAUCCAUAAUGAAGAGACUCGUACCAUUUCUAUAACUCAAGUACUAAAUUUUUGUAACUUGUUAAGUGAAAUAGAAGAAAAAAAAUAUGACUUAAUUUUGAAAGAGGAAGUAAAAGUCACAGCUGAAAGUUUAACCAAUAGUUUCCAAAUUCACAAAGAUACUAAGAUAGAAAAGGAAGAGAAAGAUAGUUUUUUUCCAAUGGAUGAUAUGUUUUCUGUACAGUCAGUCUCAUUAAUAAGUAGGGAAGUAAAUGUGGAAGAAAAUAAAUACCUUAAUCAAAAUUAUGUAACAGAUAGAAAUGAAUAUGAGAGUAUUUUGCCAGAAAGGGAGAUAGCUAAUUCAAAGGAUCUUCGUAGAAAGAAUGACUCUGUAUUAUAUGUUAAUCAUCAGUUUGAAACUGGUCUGAGUGAAGGGAAUGAUGAAUGUUUUCAGGACUUAGCUGCUAAAUAUUUAUCAACAGAAGCUCUGACAAUAGUAAAAGAUUUUGAGAUGAAGAGAAAAUUUGAUUUAGUACUUGAAGAACUUCGUAUGUUUCAUGAAAUUAGUAAGGAAAAUGAAAUUCUAAGCACUGUGGAAACAAACAAUGGGCAAGAAAAUUACUUUGGAGAAAAUGAUGCUGAGGAGGUAAAAAUGGAGACAGAAAAAGAUUUGAAAAUGGUUGUAGUCAACAAAAUAAAUGCAUCUUCCUCGUUCUGUGAUACUACAGCAGGUCCUAAUACGUGUAAAAGUCACCAAAGUUUAUUUAAAUGGAAAACUGUACCCAAUAAUGGAGAACAGGAAGUUCCUAAUGAGAGUUGUUAUCCAAGUACAUCAGAGGAAGAAUUACUUUAUUCUACUUCUGAGGAAGAUUGUGAAACACCUUUACCUAAAAGACCUGCUUUUCUCCCUGAUGAAUGUAAAGAAGAAUUUAAAUAUUUAUUGAGAGGAGGUAGUCACUUCCCACAUGGCAUUUCAAGAGUACGACCUCUUAAGACAUGCAGUAGGCCAAUCAGGAUUGGUUUGUCAAGAAAAGCAAGGAUUAAACAACUUCAUCCUUAUCUGAAACAAAUGUGUUAUGGAAACUUAAAAGAAAAGUUUUGACUUUCAUAUUUCAAAAUAUUUUACAACAUCUAGAAAUGUUUUGUCUUCUUUGGAUAAAUGUUCUUCCAGCUUGGGGGCUUGGGGCUUGCUUUAUUAUAAAGUGAAGAAUAUUUUUUUUGAGUGUAUAAAUUAUUGUAUUACCUUUAAAAGUUAUAAAAUAUUUUAUGGAUUUUCAUGUCAUUGAAAAAUGUACACAUUAAAGCCAUUUCAUGAUUGGAUAAAACAUGUUGACUUAUUAGUUUUCAUGAUAUAUGCAUGUAAUCCUUUUGUGGAGAAAAUUGAUAGCCUUUAUUUUCUAAAAAGGAUCUGUGGCUCAUCAUGAACUACUGUUCUAAUCUACUUCCCCCAUUUUUCAGGUGAAAAAAUAGAGGUACAGAGGGGAUGAAUAAGCUUUUCAGUGUCACAGCAUUUGUAUUAAGAUUGGAAUAAAGACUCUCUCCUCUGUAACAUUCUUUCUCACUUUUUUCUGCGUUCACUUUCCAAUCUUUAUCUUUUCUUCCAGAGUCUAUCUUUGACCCCAGAGCAGAGUUAUGAUUAUGUAGUUAAUAAUAUUAAUUUGUUCAUUCAUGGAACAAAUAUACUGUAAUACUCCUACUAUUGUCUUUGGCUCAGUGAUAGAAUAAAGAAGACAUGUGUAAGACCUUG